CAAAUAUUAUAAAUGAUAGCUAAUGUAGAUAACCUCUAUUGCCAUCAGUUGCGUGCAUUGCCAUUAGUUGUGUGCAUUGCCAUCAGUUGUGCGUGCUUUUAGGUUUGAAUAAACUAAGAUGAAAGAAGAUAAAUCUGCAAAUUCAGCCACAGAAGGUGACGAGCUUUCUAAGAAGGCUCUUAAAAAACAGCAAAAAGAAGCAGAAAAAGCAGCAAAGAAAGCUGAACGUAAAGCUCAAAAUCAAGCACAACAAGAUAAGGCUCAGGAAGAGGAUGUAUCAAUUGGAAAGUAUGGAGAUACAGGACUAAUACAAAGUAAAGAUAAACAUACAGAAAGAAAAUUUACUGAUAUUAAAAAUUUAAAUCCAAGCUUAAAAGAUCAGACUGUAUGGAUAAGAGGGCGUUUACAUACUAGUCGUGCUAAAGGUAAACAAUGUUUUAUUGUUUUAAGACAGCAGUCUUACACAGUACAAGGUUUAGUUGCAGUCAGUGAAAAAGUCAGCAAACAAAUGAUUAAGUUCUUAUCCAACAUUACCAAAGAAUCUAUUGUGGAUAUUGAAGCAAUUGUAAAAUGUGUUCCUUCUCAAAUUGAGUCAUGUACUCAAAAAGAUGUUGAAGUUCAUGUUGAAAAAGUUUUUGUAAUAAGUGCUGCAAAACCACAAUUACCUUUACAAAUUGAAGAUGCCUCAAGACCUGUAGGAGAAGCUGAUGAAAAUGCUUUGAACAUAAAAGUGAAUCAGGAUACUAGAUUGGAUAACAGAGUCUUAGAUUUAAGGACUCCAGCCAAUCAGGCUAUAUAUAGGGUUGAAGCAGCUAUUUGUAAAUUAUUUAGAGAUAUACUUACAAGUAAAGGAUUCGUUGAAAUUCAUACACCAAAAAUUAUAUCUGCUGCAAGUGAAGGUGGUGCAAAUGUAUUUACAGUAUCGUAUUUUAAAGGAAAUGCUUAUUUGGCACAGUCUCCACAACUUUAUAAACAAAUGGCGAUAGCUGCUGAUUUUGAUAAAGUUUUUACCGUAGGGGCAGUUUUUAGAGCCGAAGAUUCUAAUACUCAUAGACAUUUGACAGAAUUUGUCGGCCUUGAUUUAGAAAUGGCAUUUAAAUAUCAUUAUCAUGAAGUGGUAGAUACUAUUGGACAGCUAUUUGUAAAGAUGUUCAAAGGUCUUCGCGACAAUUAUGCUGCCGAAAUCGAAGCAGUACGUCAGCAGUAUAACGUAGAACCUUUUAAGUUUUUAGAUCCGCCAUUAAAAUUAGAAUUUAAGGAUGCUAUUGAAUUACUGGCGGAAGCUGGUAUAACUUUGGGCGAAGAAGACGAUUUAUCUACACCAGAUGAAAAAUUAUUGGGCAAACUGGUUAAAGCAAAAUAUGAUACAGAUUUUUACAUUCUGGAUAAGUAUCCAUUAGCAGUAAGACCAUUUUAUACAAUGCCGGAUCCAAAUAAUCCCAAAGUAUCAAAUUCUUACGACAUGUUUAUGCGCGGCGAAGAGAUAAUUUCCGGCGCACAACGUAUUCACGAUCCCGAACUUCUUACAGAACGUGCAAAACAUCACGGAAUUGACUUAGAAAAAAUAAAAUCAUAUAUUGAUGCAUUUAAAUACGGUUGUCCUCCUCAUGCUGGUGGUGGUAUUGGAAUGGAACGUGUUGUUAUGUUGUAUCUUGGUUUAGACAACAUUAGGAAAGUUUCAAUGUUCCCUCGUGAUCCAAAGCGCAUCACGCCAUAAAAUUUCAGCUUUAAAUUAAUUCCUAUAUAUGUACAUGUAUGUACUUACAUAUGUUAUGUAUAACUAAUGUAAUUAUACAAUAUUGA